UUAGCAGUGGUGGUGGUAAUGUGUCAGCUGCUAGAUACGUAACUCAGCAGCAAAAAUUGUAAAUAAAUCUUAAUUUAUCUAGAUUAGAUCCAAUUACAAUUAAUAUAAAAUCAUAUUAAUUUUGUGUUUAAGUUUAAAGUUUGGUCGCCAAAUAUUUGAUGGUGCAAGAAGUCAGAUUUUACCCUCCAGGAAAGAAAUAGAUACAUAAACGACAGAUAUCUGUGUUGUAAAAUUUUGUAAAAUUUAAAAUUAUUAAAUACAAUGUCCUUAGAAAUGGGGCCGAUAAAACGAAAGAAACGUGGAAAACUGGCCCGUUUACAAAAUUUAGAUGUGCCCAAGUUGGGAUAUACGUGUCCCAUUUGUUCCCAACAAUUUGAGGACAAUGAACUUCUGAUAAAUCAUGUCGAACUCCAUGAAGAAAUUUGGACCUCGAGAGACGGAGGAGAUCUCGUAACAGCGAAUAAAAUUAUGACGAUGCUGCAGACAUCACAAAAUUUAGUUAACCGCUACAUUUGUCCCCUGUGUUUAAGAGAAUAUACCAAAAACUACCGAAAUCUUGGUAAGUUUAAGAUACAUUUGCAACGAGGUCAUCCAAAACCGAAGCCGUGUUUAACUUGUGGGAUCAGUUUUUGGAGAGAAUUCAAUUUAGUGAAUCAUUCGAACGUUUGCUGUGGAAAAUUGGAUGACGAAGAACGCCACAAAAGCGUACGCGGUAUAUGCGCUGUUCCUACAAUUUUAUCAAUGUGUACGACGUCCAACGUUUCUACGGAACCGAGCAACCCCGUCCAGGGAGAGGUACCCAGGUCCGAAAAUACUGGUCAACUCGAAGAUUUUCUCCAUCCUGAGGGGAGCAGCGUAGCGGAUUCUCAGACGACGCAGAAAGUGCUUUACAUUGGUGGACCCUGUCCCAAACCACUAACUGCAUCGACGCACAAUCAGCCUGAGUGGAUCGGAACUACGCAAUAUGUUUUGGAGCCGGGUGAAGUUCCAAUGAGUUCGAGCUUAGUUUGGCCAUUGUUCACUUCGUAAUGAUAAAGUGUAUUUAACAUUCCCAAUCAAGUUAGUCGUUUAGUCUUAAGAAAUAUGUCAAAGCAAAACCCGAAUUUCUAACCGAGCCGAAAAUUUUACGAGUCACGCAGCUAUUUUUUAUUUUUUACUUAUCCAAUAAUAUGUAACUUAAGUACAUAUGUAACGUUUCUUACAUAUUUUUGUAAAUCAUUAUUGAUGCUUUGUUCUGCUAAUUACUGUACUUAGCAAAUUAAUAAAUAUUUACAUGUAUGCACCUGAUAAGCUGAAA